UAUCUUAAACCACCGUGCAUAGUACCUACUACUGUCAGGUAGAAGAACGCGAGCAGAUAUUGCUCGUAUUUCGUCGGCAGCACACCGCGCGUCCGUUCGCUGCACCAAAAAUAAUAUUUAUUUAUUUACACCGUGAAAGUUCGCGCAUCAUUGUUAUAAUGAUCGUUAUGAUCGUAUUGAAACCUCGUAUUAUCCACAUGUGAUAUCGUCGUAGUAUUUAUUUAUUAAUAUUAUUUUGAUGUUUGGUUAAAUGUUUUAGUGUGCUUGCGGAGUUACGGAAAACAUUGAGUACAAUUUUUAGUUUUUUUUCCGAUAUUUUAAAAACAUAAUAUAUUAAUACACCUACCAUUUAAUAUACGUCAGAGGUAAAGUUUCAAUCGGAUCUACCCGAUUUUCCGUCUCAGCUGUCACCGUAUUCGAAGAUCACCACACUUGCUAUAUUGAUAUCAUAAUACUUUAUGAUGGAUGAUCCUUGGUACAAAUCGACGGAUUCGUUGACGUGGGCGUUAACGAGGAAAAAGUCAAAUUUGGACGAACCGAGUAAAGAAAAACUCAACAGGGUAUUGACCUUCUUUGACUUGACGGCAUUGGGCACUGGUUGUACAUUGGGUUGCGGUGUGUACGUGUUGGCCGGAGUAGUGGCCAAAUCUAUCGCCGGCCCAGCCGUAGUCCUGUCCUUUGUCAUCGCCGCAGUGGUGUCUGCAUUUUCCGGGCUGUGUUAUGCUGAGUUAGCUGGCCGAGUACCCAAAGCUGGAUCAGCGUACAUCUACAGUUACGUGGCGGUUGGCGAGUUCACCGCGUUUAUCAUUGGUUGGAAUCUAAUCAUCGAAUAUGUCAUUGGAACCGCGGGAGUAGCCAAAGCUAUGAGUAAUUACUGCGAUUCUUUGCUGGGCAACCCACAAAAAAGAUACAUGACUGAAUAUUUUCCAAUACACAUCGGAUUCUUGGGCAGUUAUCCCGACUUGGCGUCAUUCUUUGUGAUCGUCAUCGUCGCGCUAUUGGUGGCUUGGGGUGUUCGUGAAUCGACGUUCACCAACAACAUAUUUACUGCAAUAAAUUUGUUAACUAUUUCCACCGUGAUUGUCACCGGGUUUUACAAAGCAAAUUAUUCAAACUGGUCUAUUCCGAAAAGCGAAAUACCACAAGAAGCAAAAGGUGGUGAAGGUGGAUUCUUACCAUUCGGAUGGGUCGGCGUAGCAGCGGGAGCUGCAAAAUGUUUCUACGGAUUCAUCGGUUUCGAUUCUAUCGCCACGACUGGCGAAGAAACGAAAAAUCCUAAAAGAGACAUACCGCUUGCGAUCGUCGCGUCUCUGUUCCUGAGCACAAUCGCUUAUUGUGGCAUGGCCACUGUUAUAACACUCAUGUGGCCUUACUAUUUACAGGAUCCGGAUGCACCACUCCCGGCCCUCUAUGAAAAUUUGGGUAUGACGACGAUAAAAAUUAUAGUCUCGGGUGGUGCGAUAUUCGCAAUGUGCACGAGUCUUUUGGGUGCAACAUUUCCACUACCUCGUAUCUUGUACUCGAUGGCUAGCGACGGUCUGCUUUUCAAGUUCUUGUCAAACAUCAACUCCACGACUAAGACCCCUCUGAUAUCCACUAUUAUUUGCGGAGUUUUCGCUGGUACUUUGGCCGCCGUAUUCAAUCUCGAGCAGCUCAUCGAUAUGGCGUCCAUCGGCACACUCCAGGCUUACACGAUCGUUUGCAUUUGCGUGUUGAUAUUGAGGUACACCGAUAACAGUUCGUCCAUCCAAGACAACUUUGCUAUGUCGAAAAGUAUCACGGUUUUCACAUGGUUGAAUUUGUCGAACGCAAAAGUGCCGAACUCAGACACUCAAUACAUUUCAAGGGCGUUGAUAUUUAUAUUUAGUGUAUGUACAAUUGUGUUUGGAAUAAGCUUGGCAAAUAUAGAAUCACAUUAUGGAAACACGAGGAACGGACUCAUGAUAGUAAAUUUAAUAGCACUUUUGGUGUUGUUGAUCACGUUGUUCAUGCUGGGUAGACUUCCGACCGCCGUGGAAGAUCUAUCGUUCAAGGUACCUUUGGUUCCCAUCAUACCAUGUUUGAGCAUUGUAUUAAAUGUUUAUCUGAUGAUGGAAAUAGACUACAAAACUUGGAUAAGUUUUAGUGUGUGGCUUUUAUGUGGAUUAUUGAUAUAUUUGUUCUAUGGCAUCGGUCAUAGUUUGGAAGGCAAUAAACAAAAAAUUCACCAAAACACAAUUCAAAUCAAACUGAGUUAGUUAUCUGGAUACUUAUAGAAUUACUCAUACGUAUGAAUCAAUUCCGUUGGAUUCCUCAUCUAUUUUGAAAUAUUUAUGUACUUAUAUUGUAUACCUAAGUACUUAACAGUAUUUAUAUACUAUUUUUGUUUAACAUAUCCAAUAAUUAUCGUAU